AUUUAAUAUAUCGAUACCAUCGUUAGAAGUCAACUCAGCUCUACUGUAUAAUGGUAGUUGAAUGAAAAUGUACGACGCGUUGGAACGCUGUCCUGGAGCAUAUUGUGGACGAUCUCCGCUUGGAAAUGACACCUGGAGCAACUGCGGGGUCUGUCCCCGAGGAUCCCGGGUGAACCAGAGCUACGCCUGCUCUCCUUGCCGCGACGAAUUAACCACUUACUCCUGGCUUUAUCUGGGAUUUAUGACCCUCCUGCCACUCAUGAUGCACUGCUUCUUCAUUGACAUGGACGCUAAGGAUCGCAAAUUUUCCCGCAAGCAGCUGAUACUGACGGCCAGUGCCUUCGUUGAGGUGGCUCUGUCUGCCAUCCUGGCCACCUUGUUCAUGGAGCCCAUGUGGGAACUGCGCCUGUACGCCUGCGAUGUCCGGAAACUCACCGACUGGUACACCCUGUUCUACAACCCGAGUCCCAAUUACGAGGAGCGCGUAUACUGCACACAGGAGGCCGUCUAUCCACUGCAAACCAUCGUGCUAGUGUUUUACUUUCUUUGCCUCGUCAACAUGUUUCUCAUCCGCCCGCUGGUCAGCAAACUGAUGGAUGUGGGUGGCAGGAGCAAAGCGCCUAUUUACUCCGCCCUCUACUUCCUGCCCUUGCUAACAUUUAUCCAUGCCUUGGGAUGUGGGUUGAUCUAUUACUCCUUUCCGUACCUGAGUGUGGCCAUUUCCAUGGUAGCCAAUGCCAUUCACUAUUCUCUGAAGUUGGACCAAACCCUGAAGGCUCUGGUUCACUCCUCGGUGUGGGAGCUGAAAAAUGUGGUUAUUAUAGCCGUCCACUGGAUGCUGUUGGCCUAUGGCAUUACAUCGCUGAACUACCAUUAUGGCUUUAUGUGUCUCGUUCCCUUCCCCACACUCUUCUACAUCCUGACCGUGCGCUUCACGGAUCCGGGCGAGUUCCGGGAGUUGGAGUCGAGAAUUUGAUGCGGCGACGUCCAGAUGCAAAUCUUCCAUGCUCGGGGCACCAGACGAUCGACUGUUGUUAUCUAUGUGUAGUGUAUGCGUCGCUUAAUUUAUUUAUAUUUAGUGCGUAGCUUAUAUUAACCUGUUCCAUUUUUCACUAAUUUAAGGCGAUUUGGAAGAAUAAUUAUCUUUUAUUUCGUUGAUAAUGAAGGUUACUUUGGUUAUUGACCAACCGAUAAAUCAGUAGCCAAGAAAUAAAAAAAAUUCUGUGAGGGUGAAAAUUGGAACAGGAGAUCUAGUAUAUUUGUCGUAUCAUAUAUGUAGCCUUAAACCAAUCAUCGUUCUUUUCGUUUUAAUUAUAUUUCACAUUAAUUAUACACAUAUAGUAAUAUUAAAUACAAAUCAUCAGUUUCCCAUCUCUAAAA